AUGGAUUCCAAUCCAGUGAGCAAACCGAGAAAAAGGUGUCCUAAGAAAUCUGGAUUCGAUCAAACUGUUAACAUCGACCAAAAGCCUCCUAGUGCUAAUACUGUUGAUGAUCCUCACUAUAAACAAAUAGCUUUGCAUAGAGGGGUUCUUCAACUUGAUCAAGAGCUGGCAUUGGAGCUAAUGACAAAGGACACUGGUUGUGAUGCAUCGAUUCUACUCGAUGGAAGCAACAGUGAGAAAACUGCAAUACCAAAUUUAAGUGUUAGGGGAUAUGAUCUUAUUGAUGCGGCAAAGGCAGCUGUUGAGGGCAUUUGCCCCGGUGUGGUCUCCUGUGCUGAUAUCAUUUCAAUGGCUGCUAGGGAUGCGGUUUCCAUGAACCCUUUGAGCUCUUUAAUAGUUGACAACUCCUAUUACAAGCAAACAAAAUUGAACAGAGGAAUUCUGCAAAUUGAUCAACAACUGGACCUGGAGACGAAGGACAUUGUAACUGCAAUAGCAACCAGGUUCGAUUUCUCCACAAAGUUUGGUCAAGCCAUGGUUAAAAUGGGUGCUGUUGAAGUCCAAACAGGAAACCAGGGGGAGAUUAGGGGUUCUUGCAGGGCAGUUAACAAAAAGGGCAAGGGACAAUGA